AUGCCGCCUGACAAUAGCAGAGAAACCAACCAUGCGCAUGAGGCUACGACGCCUCUGGUCCAACUGCAGUCAAAGGACCACGAAGAGAUUCUGAACGUGAUAGAUCAACUCAGGUCGGAGGGUGUAAGUAAGUAUAUUAACCUCCCACAGCUGAUUGUAUGCGGCGAUCAGUCUUCGGGCAAGAGCUCCGUCUUGGAAGCGAUUUCUGGCCUCGCAUUCCCAACAAAAGACAAUGUCUGCACCCGAUUUGCGACCGAGCUCAUCUUACGACGAGCACCGGAGACUAGUGUCACUGCUUCUAUUCACCCAGACGACGACCGUACACCGGUCGAAAAGGAGAGAAUCCAGCAAUUCAAAUCAUCCACCGUCGACCUGCACCAAUUUGCUGUCAUUGUCCGAGAUGCUGAGAACUCCAUCGGGGUGGGUAAAGACGGCCAUAUCUUCUCGAAGGAUGUUCUUCGUGUCGAAGUGUCGGGUCCAACGCAGCCUCAUUUGACCCUCGUUGACCUUCCCGGGCUCUACCAUGCCCCUGACGAGUCGCAAACCGCCGAAGGGGUCGAGUUCGUGGAAUCCUUGGUCCUCUCAUACAUCCAAAACAAGCGCAGUGUCAUACUAGCAGUCAUCUCUGCUAAAAGUGACAUAGCGCUCCAGAAGGUCACCGCCUUUACGCGCAAGGUUGAUCCGAAUGGUCACCGAACCAUGGGCGUCAUUACCAAACCGGAUACUCUGUCGAGAGGUUCUGACAUGGAACAAUCCUUCCUCAACCUAGCAGGGAACAAGAGAGUUGAAUUUCGGCUUGGCUGGCAUGUUCUCAAAAACAGAAAGUACGAGGAACGUCAUUUCUCACUUGACCAGCGUCGUGACUCAGAGGCAGAGUUCCUUGCCAGUGGUGUAUGGGCUUCAUUGCCGCGCUCCCAGAUUGGUAUCGAAUCGCUAAGACCAAGGCUGAGUGCCGUUCUGAAGGAUCAUAUCAUCGCCCAACUACCAGGCUUGAUUACCGAGAGCCAGCAGUCUCUGGAAGAGACUGACGCCAGCCUGCAAAGGCUCGGAGACGCACGCCAGACACUAGCCGAUCAGCGUCGAUACCUAUUGCACAGCAGCGAGAAAUUCAGUGGUUUGGUCGGCUAUGCCACCAACGGAGUCUAUUUCGAUCCCUUCUUUGGAGACGCCAUGGAGGACGAAGGCUACGAACGAAGACUACGUGCCGUGGUCCAAAACCGCCUGUCCGACUUUUCCAAAACUUUAGAAGCAAACGGAAUGCAGAAACGGAUCAUCGAUGACGAGGAUGACGAUGCGGUCCUCGAGGAGGGCCAAGUGUACCGCUCUGUAUACAUGGACGAAGUCCAGCAGCGAAUGCGCCGAAGUCGAGGUCGUGAGCUGCCUGGAACAUUCAAUCCUCACAUCGUCGGCGAUCUGUUCUAUUUGCAGUCAAAGCCGUGGGAGUCGACCGUGAUGGAAUGCAUUGAUAUGCUGCUGAAAGAUGUCCAGAAGGCCAUCAUACCCAUCAUACAAGGCGUCCUCGACGAGAAAACCAUCAAAGGGCUGCUGGAAUAUAUCCUCAAUCCUGGCCUUGACAAAAUCGAGGCAUCGCUACGGGUCAAGACAAAGGAGCUUCUCAGGCCUCAGCAAUCUGGCCAUCCAAUAACCUACAACAACUCCUUUACCGAAAGUGUCCAAAGAGCCCGGCAAGAACAUUAUCAGAGGUCGAUCCGCGAAAAGCUCAGGGCAUUUUUCGGUACCAAGUACCCUAGAUUUCCGUCGUCGGAGAACCAGUUCGUCUUUAGCAUGGGGAAUUUGAUCAAUGCCCUGGGCACGCAAACAGCAGAUGACAUGGAGCGAUUCGCAUGUUCCGAAGCCAUCGACUGCAUGCAAGCUUACUACGAGGUCGCGAGGAAGAAAUUUGUCGAUGAUUUCAGCAAUCUAGCGGUCGAGAAGUGCCUUCUGGAACCACUGGCCGUCAUUUUCUGUCCCAAAGUGGUGGAUAGUUUAGCCGAUGACGUAGUCGAAAACAUCGCUGCCGAGGACGAGAAUUCGAAGCUUGAGCGCGGACGGCUUCUGCACAAGCGGGUUAAGUUACAGGAGUCUCUGCUCCAGCUUCAUCGCCUGGACCGCCACAAUGUGACCGGGGCGAAGGAAAGUCCUCAACUCGAUGACGACGAUAGUUUAGCCGACGGGUCCGAAGGCAUAGAUGGCGCGCGCAGUCCGACAGAGUCCUUGAUACCAGCCGCGUCAGAAGAGGCAUAUGGACCUGAUGCUAAGCCUGAACCCGAACCUGGUCCCGUCAGGAUGAAGAAAUCAAAACGACACCCAAGCGUGAGCUAUUACGACUAA